AUGACUGGUCGUGACGAGUUUGAAUUUCAAAUCAAAAACUCGCCAAAAGUAACCGAAGUAAACUCAGAGAAUGAAGAUGAGGAUGAAGACGAAGCCGAAGACGAAGAUAAGGAUAAGAAUAAGUAUAACGAUAAGCUUAAGGAUAAGCAGCAGGAUCAGGACAGGGAUCCGGAUAAGGAUAAGGAUAAGGACAAGGAUAAGGUUAAGGAUAAGGAUAAGGAUAACGAUAAGGCUAAGAAUAAGGAUAUGAAUAAGGAUAAGGAUAAUAUGGAUAAGGAUAGGGAUAAGGAUAAGGAUAAGAAUAAUAUUAAUAAGGAUCAGGAUAAUGUUGAGCAGAGUUAUGAAACACGUAGUUUCAAUGUUAGACGGCGACUGACUUUAUUGAAUAUAAUAUACCUAAGAAUAGUGUAA